CUCCCGAAGCGCUAGUUAAACGUCACAUGACAAAAUAACGAGACGUGGCCCUCUUUGAAAAGUCAACCCUAUGGCCAGUGUAUAAUUUAUAUAAAUAUGGCCUUUUCAGCAAAUCAAUGAAUGAAUUGAAUAUAGUAUAUCAGUAAAUCAAUCGCUCUGUCUCCGAUGUCAGCCAUGGAAGUAAUGUUUCACUCUUCAAGCUUUCUCCUUCCGUCGAUUCCCACCGACGGGACUUCCACAUACGCCCUCGUCGUUCUCAACCAGAAUCUACCGCGAUUCACUCCUCUUCUCUGGAAUCAUGCAAAACUUCGUCUCUGUGCUGAUGGAGGCGCUAAUCGCAUCUACGAUGAAUUACCUCUCUUCUUCCCUGAUGACGACGCUUCCGUCAUUAGAAACAGGUACAAGCCAGAUGUUAUCAAGGGAGAUAUGGACUCUAUUCGGCGUGAUGUCCUCGACUUUUAUGUCAGCUUGGGAACUAAAGUUAUAGAUGAGUCUCAUGAUCAAGAUACCACAGAUCUUGAUAAAUGCAUCUUGUAUAUCCGUGACUCUACUUUGAAUCAGGAGAGUUCCAGACUCCAGAUUCUCGCCACUGGAGCACUCGGAGGAAGAUUUGAUCAUGAAGCCGGUAAUCUCAACGUCCUGUAUCGAUAUCCAGACGCAAAGAUAGUCCUUUUGUCGGAUGAUUGCCUCAUCCAUCUCCUUCCAAAGAGUCAUCGACAUGAGAUUCAAAUCCAGCAUUCUCUUGAAGGACCUCAUUGUGGACUCAUCCCUAUCGGUACUCCAUCUGCGAAAACCACAACCACUGGGCUUCAAUGGGAUCUCAGUAAUCAUCAUCCCGAAGUGAAGUGGGCGGAGAGAGAGGAUAAGGUUUACUUAACAGUGCUAUUGCCUGAUGCAAAGGAUGCAGAUGUCAAACUUGAUCCAGAGGGAGUCUUUGAUUUCUCUGCCAAAGCUGGACCAGAAAACCAGCUUUAUGAGCUCAAGCUUGAACUUAAUAAUAAGGUCAAUGUAGAGGAAAGCAAAAUCAACAUCGGGUUAAGAAGCAUAGUGUGCAUCUUGGAGAAAGCAGAACCAAAAUGGUGGAAUAAGCUAUUACGUGGAGGGAAACCGCCUCACUAUGUUAAAGUUGACUGGGACAAGUGGGUAGAUGAAGACGAAGAUACCGGCACCGGUCCUGGAGAUAUGGAUAUGUCCGGAAUGGGAGGAAUGGGUGGAAUGGAUUUCUCGAACUUUGGCGGUAUGGGAGGUCUCGAAGGGCUUGGCGGUAUGGGCGGUCUUGAAGGGCUCGGUGGAAUGGGCGGGUUUGGUGGACCUGGCGGGAUGGGUGGUAUGGAAGGAUUGGAAGAUAGCGAUGAUGAAGGAGAAGAAGUCAAGUCUGGAGAGAAAAUGGAGGAAGCUCAAGCUCAAGCUCAAGCUCCUGCAGGAGCAGGGGAGGCGAAAACCGAAGAGCAAACAGCUGUUAAGAGUGAUAAAUGAAGACGUUGUCCUCAAACCGGAUUGGUAUGACUAACCGAGAUGAGUCUUUAUGCGUUUAUGAAUUCCGCGGAAUGGUUUUACUCUUUUAAAAUCUUUACCUUUGCUUCUUGGAUUGUUGGAUUCCCGGUUUGCUUCUUAUAUGAUGAUGGGUUGGUCUUUUUUAUCAAUUCCAAAAUGUUGUUGUGCUUUACAUUUGCAAUAUUUUUGUUGGUUUGUAGUGACUUUAAGAGUUCUUGAGAAGAAGCUCUUUUUUAUCAUGAUAUAGGCUACAAUGGGGAUUUUCUAAAAAUUGGUGACUUUUGGGAAAA